CAGGGCUUGGAAAGAUAAGUCUGGGUCAAAAAAAAGAGAAAAUCAUUGUUACAGAUUCAGGAAGCAGUGAGUUCGGAUUAGUUCUAAACAUCUAAACAUCUAAACAUCUAAACAUGUCACCGCUCGGGACUGUUGUCGUGUUGUUAGGUUUUAUUGGUGGCACUGUGUCCAUCACAGUGCAGGUUUCUCCAAAGGUUCUCAAUGUCACCAUUGGUCAGACGGCAAGCCUUGGUUGCAAUUUUGUCACCAAUCAGCCCUUGAACAACCUCAUGGUCCAGUGGUCCCUUUAUCCGUGGCGCUCUGAGACUCCGGUACCGGUGUUCUUUUAUCAGUCAGGAAAUUACGUGAUUGGUCAACAUUUCCAGAACAGGCUAAAAGUCCUUUCUAAAAUGGGAAUCGACAUGAACGCAUCCAUCUCCAUCAGCAACAUGCAGACCGCAGACGCCGGAACCUACACGUGUGAAGUCCGCAACCUCCCCGAUAUCGAGGGCACCACCGAGGCUAACGUCAGGGUCCAUGUGUUUGAGACGCCGUCACAGCCGUUCUGUGCUGUACAUGGAGACGUGUCGACGGGUCACCUGGUCACACUCACCUGCCACUCAGAGAAAGGAAGCCCCUCCCCUGCAUACACCUGGACCGUGCUUAAUCAAGGGACCAGCAAACAAGUGAAGGGCAUUACAAACGUACAAACCGGGAUUCUGUACAUCAGGAACAUUUCUCAGUUUGAAUUUGGAAAGUAUCAGUGCAACGCCUCCAACAUCGUGGGCUCCUCUACCUGCACCAUUGAUCUGAACUCAGACAUGAACGACGCAGCGAUCGCAGGCGCUGUGAUUGGAGCCCUGCUGUGUGUCGCCUUCAUCGUGCUGCUGGUGUGGUUCAUCGCUCAUCAUCUGAAAAAGAAGAAAUACAACGCAGCCAAGGCUAGCGAGCCACAAGCUGCGGUGAACUAUAAAGCGGUCCCUCCGCAGGACCCCGUCCCGGAAUGAGCCCGGAGUCCCCACGUGUCUGAGAUAAAACACAAAGAAAGUUUUUUUAGCAUUUUGUUUUUUUGUGUAUUUUUUUAACUUUAGAUAAACAACCUGAAUGAUGUUUCUGUAAUUUGGAUUUAAACGCACUGACAUCGCUUAGGGUUCCGGCAUCGAUCCGGUAACUUGUGGAAAACAAGUCGACGUCUUAUGUUUUUUUCUACCAAGAAAUGUUUCUCUUGUAUAUUGCUUUUGUCCAUUAAAAAAAUAAUAAUUAACCGGA